AUACAGCGACGGCAUUUUGUAUUUAUGUAUUGUGACUAUUUAAGCUGUGUCAUGGUUCGAAUUACAGUAUUUGGUUAAUCUGCGUACUUCUAGAAAUGACUGAUCAACUGGUUCCAUGUUUGAGUGUUUCUUGACUUCCAGUCCGUGCUCUGUUCGUACGGAAUUUUGAUAGAGGAGACCGCCAUUACAAUACUUUUACCAGUGACCAGUGUCAGAAUGUCAAAGUGACCUGCUUCCGUACCGUGAUAUAUACACGUAUGCUUUAUGAAACAUGCCAGGGGAAUUUGACGAACGCUCAGUCUCUAUAUCAGCUGAUUAUGACUACAUGUUCAAGCUCGUUGUUAUUGGCGAUCCAAGUGUUGGGAAGUCGUCCCUGUUGCUACGAUUUACAGACAACACAUUUAACGAGCAUUACCAGAUCACAACAAUAGACUGGAAAAUAAAAACCAUAGAAGUUGGAAGGCACAAAGUGAAAUUAGUGAUAUGGGACACGGCAGGCCAAGAGAGAUUUCGAGCGUUCUCCAGUUCCGUUUUUCAUGGCGCUCACGGGAUUAUUUUAGUGUUUGAUAUUACCCGCCAGACUACCUUUAUGAACGUACAGUGUCUCUGGCUGAAUGACCUUCAUCAACGUAUAGACGAUUCUGUGAAGCUGUUACUAGUGGGUAAUAAAUGUGACGAAGGGACCAAGCGACAAGUUGGCUAUGCAACUGCAGAGAGAUAUGCACAAGGACUGGGUAUUCCGUAUUUGGAGACCAGUGCGAAAAACGCUUCAAACGUUGACCAGGCAUUUUACACAAUGGCUUCAGAACUGACCAAUAGUGUUUCUGGUAAGAUGUUCGACUCCGAUACGUCCAGCAUCAGGAUUGGUGUAACACCCAGCUCGCCUGUUGUGGAGGAGGGAUAUUGCUGCAGUUAUGUUUAACAUUCAACAGUGAAUAAUUCUGCAGAAUCUACUCUCAGAUCAAAGAGGCAGGGUCAUUUCACAUAAAUAAGAGUCUCCUUUUUGAUCCAUGAGGAACACUUUCUUCAUUGUAAAUACCUUAAAAACUAAAACAAUGAUUCUAACUUGUGUAAACUAGUUAUUAUUUCUAGGCGCAGUAAUCACAUAGUAUACACCAUCAGGCACGUAUGCAGGAAGUAGUGCAGGAGGGUUGGGUCUAGACUGGCGAUCGACGUUUUUAGUGAUGGAGGGAUCGGGUCAGGCAUCCCUGGAAAAUACAUUCAAAAGAAAUUUGUUGCUUCGAGCUGGGGCGGUUCGACUCCCACCCACCUACCAACCCUCUCUGCACACGCGUCUGGACGUUUGGUCUCUACACAUUUUAGUCGUCAAAUUUUUCUCCUAGAGGCAUUGUGUUCCGAAUGGGACAAAAGGAGAUCCUUAUAAAUAAGAAAUGAUUCGGCAGAGUAAUGCAAAGCUGCACGUUAAUACCCGUCCGAUUGUCUGGGACAAGUUGUUGUAGGUGUAGGAUAAGUAAAACGUUCCAACAACUUAUUCUACCAGACAAGUUACCUAAACAUUAGAAUGAUAUUAACAAAAUUAUCAUUUAUUCCAGAAUUUAAUGCUGUGUUAUGUUUAACAGUUUUGCUGUCCGUGUCUGUAAUACUGCCACAUACGCACAAACACGUACAGAUCCACGUUUUAUUGAAAAGAUAAAUAAAUCAAUAUAUUUAGUAUGUAUCUAUUUUCGUUAACGACGCACAUUUUUCUGAUGUCUCCACAACCCAUUAUAACUGAAUCAAUCACCUUCAUUAUUUUGGCUGAGCAGACAAAUUUUUAUAUUAAGCUUCUAAUUUUUCUAGAACGCUUUAUCGCAGAGUCUUUAGGUUCUUCCAUCAACAUGGUAUUCCAAAUUCCACCCGCACACGCACACAUGCACAUCUUCGACUGUCCAUGACUCUGUCACUGGCAUCCAGUAACACGUGGGUAUCUGUACGUAUCUUUGCGGAAGCAGUGCGAUGGCGUCUUUUCGAGAGAGAGAGAGAGAAGAAAAAAGA